AUAAGCUAAUACCAGCUACGCCUCUCACAACCAGGCAGUGUUCUGCAUAUAUGCUGAUUAAUCACAUAAAUGGAUGCAUCGAGAAAUUCCCCUCUGGAGCUCCCUGACCACUUUGAACCAUAUGACUUCGUUGAGGAUCCUAACUUUGAUCAGUUGGUCAAUCUAAUUCAAGGAGAAACCGAAGACGUGGUCUCCGCUUUCGAUUAUGAUCUUAUCAAUGGCUGCUUUGAUGACAAGCAGACUGGUGGAGCACCUGGGGAUGCUUUCGAGUUUGAUGCUACAAGCACCAUGGUGCCGGAUUUUAACUAUGCUUUCAAUGCAUUGCCUAGUUUUGAUGGAGAAAUAAUGAAGGAUGGGGAGGAAGAUAGCGACGAGGAAGACGAGUCUUCCGGGACAACAACAACAACAUCAUCGAUGACAACAAAGAAAUCAAAGGCUGAUCGGUCGAGAACUUUGAUUUUGGAACGACGCAGGAGGGGUCAGAUGAAGGAGAAACUCUAUGCAUUGCGUUCCUUGGUUCCUAAUAUAACUAAGAUGGACAAGAAAUCCAUAAUUGGAGAUGCUGUAUUGUAUGUGCAAGACUUGCAAAUGCAGGCUAAGAAGCUAAAAGCUGAGAUUACUGGUCUUGAAGCAUUGAUGGCAGGGUACCAAGAAGAAUCAAUUAAUAACCCCGUUAAGAUUCGAGUUGCAAGAAACAACCAUCCCAUUUGCAAGAAGAUUUUGAAGUUGGAUAUGUUUCAAGUGGAAGAAAGAGUGUUUUACGUUAGACUGGUUUGCAACAAAAGUGAAGGGGUUGCAUUAUCACUUUACAAGGCCCUUGAAUCCCUUUCCAACUUCAAAAUUCAAAAUUCCAAUCUGGCCACCGUUUCUGACACAUUUGCAUUAACAUUUACUCUAAAUGUCAGAGAUCGUGAGCAGUCCAUGAACUUGGCAAACAUGAAGUUAUGGGUAAGUGGGGCUCUUCUAAACCGAGGGUUUGAGUUUAUAAAUUGCCUGUAGAUCCUCAAUGAAUUGAGCUGCAUGUUGUUAGCCUGUUAUGAACAGUUUUUCUUUCUUUUUCUUUGAGAAGUAUUAAUGUGCUGUGACUUUUGAGACCCUAGUUUACUAUAAAAGCUAACUUGUUUAAUUUAGGGUUUGUAGUAUGUUAUUGUGAUGCAAAUCUCGUUGACUUUGUCUAAAUCCUGUUGUAUUUGGUCGGUUAAUUUACACUAUUGGUCAGCGCUCAGCUGUGCAUAAGAUUAAACUAUCACAUGUCCAUGGUUUUUUGUUUUGGGAUUUUCCUCAAGUUUUUCGUCAUGGAAUUUGAGUCUUGUUUCACUUGCGUUGUAGUGUAUUUAUAUGUGUAAUUAAUUAUAUUUUUAUUUCAUUUAAUUAAUGUAAUUACUUAUUAUUUAAAAUA